AUGUCCUGUACCUUCCUUCGUUGCGGCUCGCAUUUCCUCCUCCCCCCCUCCUCCUCUCUCUUCCACUUCGUGAGCUUCCAGAUUCAUUCCCCAGAAGAAACAGCUUAUUCUACAAACUUGAAUUCUCCUAAGAUGGCGCUGCAGCCCACCCCCUACUACAACGAGGAGGCCCUCAACUUGUAUAUUUCCGAUAUCAAGGCUGGAGCAUACGAGGCCAGCGUUGACCACUUCUGGUCAAACUUGUUAAGUUUAUAUUUCCCCCUUUCUAACUCCACUGUGGAAACAGAAUCCUAUACAGCUCUACCAGAGAGUAAAAGAAGGGCUAAUAUAGCUGUGACAAACAUCCGUGGAGGUGUUCGUCACAAGAUUAUCAUUGUUGAAGCUAAACGCUCCCCUACGAGUAAGUCCAAGGAGCCCGCGUACGACUGGAAAACACCCAAAAACCAGCUCAGCACGUACAUGAAGGAUUCGCGAUCGAGGCUUGGAAACAUCCAGGACAUGUACGGACUAGUUGCAGUUGGUACCAAGGUACGUUUUUACCAGCUUAAGUGCGACAAGACUGAACUAUCUGCUUGGCCUGGUGGAAAGAAGAAUCCCGAGCCCACUUACCAUCUCGAGACCGACAAAGAGAUCAUCCACAACCAUAUGUUGGAGAUCAAGAAAGCGGUUGGGGAUGAACAGCUUGAGGCUGAACUUCAAACAAGGAGGAAGAAAGAAGGGACAGAAGGCAGAGCAGCAAGAGCCGCUGCAAGAGCAGAAGAGCGUGAGCAGCGGAGCGUGAGCAGCAGCCGCAAUUAG